AUGCAUGUUGUGGAAAAAAACAGUUAUUCACGCGUAAGAUCAUAUCAAAAGAUUGCACCAAACAUAAAAGUGGAAGAUUCGUCUUGUUUAAUGAAAAUAAAUUAUCUACUGAAUUCACCAAUCGAUUCGCCUAGCUCUUCGACGUUUCGUUUGCUACAUUCCCCUUCAAGUGUGCAGAAGACAAAAAUUUCUAAAAUUAAACGUUUCGAUAAACCUGUUUCGGAAAGAAAACGAAAGAGCAAUAGCUUGGCUAGAGUGAUGCAGGAUCGUGGACUUUUAGAAUCCACAUUAAAUAUUACUUCAACAACCUUCACUGAAACAAAAUCGGUUCUCUUCUCGAAUUCGCCUAUAAUGGAGAUCGGGGAACUCAAGAAAAACAUUGAAGAUUUAAAUAUCGACAUGUCGUCGUUAGAUAAUGCAAACAUAAACAUCAAAUGGAAGGGACAACCUCUCAACAUUCACCAUUUAACGCAUUAUCCUUGGUUGCAUCCAAAAGAAGCCCAUGUAACUUCCAUAUUACGCCUGACGCCCGUACAAUAUUUAACUUCAAAAUAUAUUUUAAUUUCUUCCGCGAGACGUUACGUUGAAAAGAAUUUACCAUUCCGUAAGAGCGACGCACAAAAAUUAUUAAGAAUAGACGUGAAUAAAGCAAGUAAACUUUGGGAAUUUUUUCAGCAAAUUAAAUGGAUCUAA